AGAGUAUUAUAUAUAUUGUAAAUCACAGACGUUGCGCCAGACGAAUUUGAGCUGUUGCAUACAAUAUGUCUCCCAUUUCAUUUUAUAUUGCUCUAAGCUUAGCCUUGGGCAUUGCUAUGGUGAUUGAUUUCCCAUAUGCCAGUGGAUGUAGAGGUGAUGAAAGAAGUUAUCUGCUCGAUUUCAAAGGAGGUCUUAACGACUCCUGUGCUCGACUAAGCUCAUGGCAGGGAUACAACUGUUGCGAGUGGCAGGGAAUUGUCUGUGACUACGGAACAAACCAUGUCAUUCAACUUGAUCUCAAAAACCCUUAUCACGAAGGAGAUGAACAUGGUUACCAGAUCAACUGCGAGUUGAGGGGGAAGAUUCAUCCAGCUCUGUUUAAUCUGCAAUAUGUGGAACACUUGGAUUUGAGUUGGAACGACUUUGAGGGCAUUGCCAUACCCUCCCAGUUGGGAAGACUUAGGAGGCUUACCUUUCUUAACUUGGCUUAUGCUAGAUUUGAGGGCGAGGUCCCCCUAGAGUUGGGAAAUUUGUCAGCCUUACAGCAUCUUGAUCUGUCAGACUAUUACUUGUACUUCUCAGAGGAUUCUGAUAACCCGAAUUGGAGACUCAAGAGUUCAAGGUUUGACCAAUGGAUAAGAAGUUUGAGAAAUUUGGAAUACCUGGCGAUGAAGAAAGUGAAUCUUGAAAAGGAGUCUCACAAUUGGGGCGCCUCUCUCUCUAGUCUCCCGAAUCUUAACCAGAUUUAUCUGUCCCAUUGUGGUCUUUCCGGAAAUAUUCCUUCACUUCUAAACCUCACCCAUUUAUCCCACCUCCAUCUCAGAGGUAACUCAUUCCCAUUCCCUGUGCCAGCUUGGUUCCAGAAUGUCUCGUCGUUUGUUUGUCUUGAUCUCUGUGGCUGUGGUCUCAGUGGUUCUAUCCCUUCAGAAUUCCUACAGAACUCUCUAAGUCUGACCAAUCUUCGCUUGGCUACAAACAGUCUAGGUGGAGUAACUCCUACUUCCAUUGCAAACUUUUCAAAACUUAAGACACUAGUUGUUUUUGGCAAUUAUUUAGAAGGCGAUAUGCCUCCAUUUGGCUCUCCACUUGGGCCGCCGUCUAGCUUUCUGAGGAUUGAUCUUUCAGGUAACAAUUUGAAGGGCGGAAUACCAGACUGUCUUGGUAGGCUUUCUUCUCUCCAAUAUUUGUUUCUGUAUGACAACCAAUUAAAUGGGUAUAUUCCAGCCUCUUUGGGUCAGCUAUCUGUAUUAAGACAACUUGAAUUAGAUAAUAAUCAGUUGUCUGGGGGAAUUCUAAACUCAUUUGCAGAGCUUACUGCAUUGGAAGUGUUGUCACUUUCUUCCAACAAUUUGACAGGAUGUAUUUCAAUUUCCAUGUUCCAGAAUUUGACUAAACUUCGCAUACUCCUGUUAUCUAGAAAUCGGAUGACCAUUAACAUUUCUUCAAGUCGGGUUCCACAGUUCUCUCAUCUGCAGCACCUCGGAUUGAGCUCUUGUAAUAUUGGAGAGAGUUUUCAAGCAUUUCUAUCUUCUCAAUAUUCACUUGAAACCCUGGACCUGUCAGAUAACAUAAUUCGGGGAGAUGUUCCCACUUGGCUGCGGGAUCUUCCCAGUCUUUACAUGCUUAAUCUCUCAAAUAACCAACUAGAAGGCCUUCUGCCCCCACUCAAUUACAGUAAUUUUAAAGUGGUGGACUUGCAUAACAAUAGCUUUCACGGACCUAUUUCAGCUCUUUCAUUUGAUGGACUGCAAUUGGAUUUGUCACAUAACAAGUUUAAUGGCUCUAUUCCUGAUAAAAUUAUUGCAUUAUUAUAUUUGUCCCUUUCGGCAAAUAAUCUGAGUGGAGGUGUUCCGCAUUCAAUGUGUAGGGUUGAAAAUGAUUUGAAGAUUUUGGAUUUGUCAGACAACAGAUUAAAGGAUGUGAUUCCAGCGGAUCUGGGGAGAUGUUCAUCUCUUAAAAUUUUUAAUUUGGCUCAAAAUGAUUUGUACGGUGAGAUGCCAGAGCAAAUGGGAAAUCUGAAUCAACUUGAGACACUGAACCUCAACGGAAACAAUUUGCAUGGUAUUAUUCCUUCAUCGAUUGCAAAUUGUACGAAUAUUCAAGUAUUUGACAUAGGAAAUAACAGGUUUAAAGGUACCAUCCCAUUUUGGAUUGGAAAAAUGAGAGAUUUACAAAUUCUCAGCUUGACAAAUAAUAAGCUUGAAGGUAGUAUUCCGGCCCAGUUGUUUGAGCUACAGAAUCUUCAAAUUUUAGAUUUAUCUCAUAACAAUAUAUCAGGAGCUAUCCCCAAAAGUUUAGAAAUGCUACAUGCUAUGAUUAAUCAGUCACAGAGUUUUGAAACCCGAAGUUUGAAGGGAUCACUUGGUUUAUGGACUGGAGCCGAUACAUACAUCUAUGAUGGAGUAUUAUUUGUGGAUCAGAUAACGCUCUGGAUUAAAGGAACGCCACGUCCAUAUCCAAAAAUCUGGAGUUCAUUCAAAGUCAUGGACCUCUCACAUAACAAGCUCUCGGGUAGCAUUCCUCAGGCAAUGGGACUUCUCCAGGGUCUAGUUGCUCUCAAUAUUUCAAACAAUAAUAUCAGUGGCUCAAUUCCAGAAUCCAUGGGUCAGAUGGUUAAUUUGCAGUCUCUGGAUCUUUCAAUAAACAUGCUCUCAGGAAAGAUUCCCCAGGAACUUGUGAGUCUCACCUUCCUUUCUGUCUUGAAUCUUUCAGAGAACAUGCUUUCUGGGCUAAUACCGCAGGGAAAUCAGUUUUCAACAUUUGAAGCUUCUUCAUUUCUAGGGAACCCUAAACUUAGGGGCCCUCCACUCGAAAAUAGAAAACAGAGCUCUGGUUUUGGUGAAAGAGGCAGCCAGGUAAAACCGAACCGUACAGUAGUUGCAAAUGCAGAUAAAAUGGACCGGUGGUGGGCAGUGUCAGUGGGGUUAUGUUUCGGGGUGGGAUUUGCUACUGUGAUUGCAGUGUUGUGUUUUCACGUAGAAUGGAGCUACAUAUGCUUUUCUUGGCUGGAUGGUCUUGUCGUUUAUCUUUGUGAACGCUAAAAACCUUCACCUGCCGGCUAUCUAUGAUGGUCUGAUACAUUAUCAUUGGGGUCCUUAAUACUCAAAUUUCAAAAGAAAUGAUGCUCUUGUGGCUUAUCUUUGUGGCCGCUAAAAACCUUUAUCUGCCUCCUACAUAUGAUGGUAAGGUAUAUUCACCAUGUUUGCUGUUGAGUUUAUUAAUAUAAUGAUUGUAAUGUGUUUAGAGUUGUGUCAUAUACAAUGAUGUAUUUUUAUGUUUGGAAAUAGGGAAUGUUGUUGCUUAUGGUCAAGUUUAUACGGAAUGUUAUAGUCUGUCAUAAGAGUUGAAGUGAUAUUUUAUAUAUGUCAUUGGAAAUGAAGUCUGGAAAUGGUAUAUCUUAUCUUUGUGAGCACUAAUAAAACCUCUACCGGCAUGCUUUCUAUGAUUGU